CGUUUGCUGUGUAAAACCACAAAUAGGGACAAGACAAUUUCAAACAAAACACUAGUUUGAAUUUUUAAGAGAUCUGAAGUAAGAAAACGUAUUGACUUUUAUAAAACCCUGUCAGUAUGAUGGCAGAUACUUAUUCUUUGAUGCUUCUCUUUCUCUAAUCACUAGUCUGCAGUGCUCUAGCUGCUUUUUAGCAUCUAAUCAACAUCAUGUGUGGCUAAUGGGGCGGGCUGCCCACUAGUACUAUACAGUGGAAAAACUCAAUACAACUGACACAGAAUGAGCUGUAUCUGGAAUGUCAAUAUUUCUAGGUUUAGUGAUUUUUAAAAUUAUUGUAUGCAUAAAUGUAACAUAUUAUUUCCUCCACUAGGCAAAGAUUUACCGAGGUCGUGUGCACAUUAUUGGUGGUACGGACUUAUAACUGAUUGUAAGUAAACACACAAACAGUGCAUAGAUUGGCCUAUAAUUCAAAUACAGAGUGGUGUAUUCCCACAGUAAUCAGUGUUCAUCUAUUAUACAUCCUGAUCCUGUCUUUGAAAUGAAUAUAAAUACCACUUUCUUUUAUAUAGUGCUUGGAGACUUCACUGCUGGACUCAGGGUGAACUGUCAAUGUAGGCUAUUAUAAAUGUACAAUGGUGUAAGCAGAAAUUUGUUUUGUUAGUAAUUGACUGACUUGAAUAAUCUUUCCAUCUAAUGUUGUUCUCAAGAAUAAUGAAAACUAGAAAAAGUAAUUUCUCGAGAAAUUACAUGGGAGAGCUGAUCUGCUGCCGCAAUGAUGCCAAGCGCUGAUUAAACUGAAACAAAGUUGACUACAACAAAAUGAUGAAAACGACAAAAUGUUGGCAAAGAUUAAAAUGAUGACAGUGAUUGAAAAGAUGGUGAUUAAAAAGAACAUUAAAAAGAUGACCACGGUCAAACGAUGACAAGAUUAAAAAAAUAACAAUGACUCAAAAGUUGACCAAGGUAAAAAGAUGUCAAAGAUUAAUGUCAGGUUCUGGCUCUGUUAUCAGGUUUAUUUUGAAGGCACCUUGUUUUUCUGUCGUAUCAUCAUGUUUUGGGUUCCAGUUUCCACUUCCUGUCUUUAUUUUGGUAGUCUCCCGGUUUCUGUUUUCGGUUCCAGCUUUACUUCCGGUCCCCAUUAGUCACACCUGCUCCGUAUCAAGUAAUCACUUCUUGUAUUUAACCACCACCUGUUUCCUCAGUUCCCCGCCAGAUCGUCGUAUGUAUGCCAGACUACACUUUCCAGCAUUUAGUUAUCCUGUUCAUGUUGUUUGGAUCCAGCUCUGUUUUCUGACUCCUGAUUCUCGCCUGCUCCCUGAUCGGUACUUGGACAGCUCUGGGAAUACGAACCUGACCGCCCGACUACGAGACGCCCUGCUCCCUCACGGUACUGUAAAACUGCUAUCUUCGGUUACUGAAUCUCUGCCUGCCCCUGGAUCCGUACCCGCCUGCCCCACCGAUACCGAAGCCCCUUGAUUGACUGUGCAUGACCUGGACUGUCUGUGAUUCUGAAUAAACCGUUUAACCCUACGUUCUGCCUGUGGUCUCCGUGCUGUGCAUGUGGGUCCUUUCAUCUGCCGUUCCGUGACAGAACGAUCUGGCCAGACUUGGACCCAGCCAGCACUCAGCCGUCGCCCAGGUCAGUGACUGUUUUUGUUUCUUGGUUUUUUUUGGCGGCGAGUCUCCUUCACCUGCGAGGAAGUAUGGAGUUCACCUGCGCCGAGCUACCCAGCGACCUACGCGUUUAUUUUCAAAUCCUCGCGGAGGAUUACCGACGGGCGGUUAACCCGGAGAACCAGCGCAGCGCCGUGGAGGUGGCGAUCUUGACGCUGGAGGACGAUGACAGCGUGUUGGAGCGUCCCAGUGUUCGUCGCCUCUAUGAGCGACUGUGCGCGAGGUCCAAUGAGCUAAGCGACGCGCUCCGCACCACGCCAGCGCCGGUCGCACCGCCGAAGGUUUCGGUUUCCUCCUCCCCGCCCCGUCGCACCGUUGUGUCUGCACCAACCUGCCCAGCUCCAUGUUUGUUCCGCUGGGAGGAUUUCCUGCACUCAUGCGGUCCCCAGUCCCCAGUUCAGCCGUGUGUUGCCCAGUCCCCAGCUCAGCCGUGUGUUGCCCAGUCCCCAGUUCAGCCGCGGGCUGUUCAGUCCCCAGUUCAGCCGCGGGCUGUUCAGUCUCCAGUCCAGCCGCGAGCUGUUCAGUCUCCAGUUCAGCCGAGCCCUGUUCAGUCUCCAGUUCAGCCGAGCCCUGUUCAGUCUCCAGUCCAGCCGCGAGCUGUUCAGUCUCCAGUCCAGCCGAGCCCUGUUCAGUCUCCAGUCCAGCCGAGCCCUGUUCAGUCUCCAGUCCAGCCGAGCCCUGUUCAGUCUCCAGUCCAGCCGAGCCCUGUUCAGUCUCCAGUUCAGCCGAGCCCUGUUCAGUCUCCAGUUCAGUCGAGCCCUGUCCAGUCUCCAGUUCAGUCGAGCCCAGUCCCGGUUCCAGUUCAGUCGAGCCCAGUCCCGGUUCCAGUUCAGUCGAGCCCAGUCCCGGUUCCAGCCCAGUCGAGCCCAGUCCAGGUCUCAGCCCAGUCGAGCCCAGUCCAGGUCUCAGCUCAGUCGAGCCCAGUCCAGGUCUCAGCCCAGUCGAGCCCAGUCCAGUCGAGCCCAGUCCAGUCGAGCCCAGUCCAGUCGAGCCCUGUCCAGUCGAGCCCUGUCCAGUCGAGCCCUCUCCGUUUUCUGACUCCUGAUUCUCGCCUGCUCCCUGAUCGGUACUUUUGCUUGGACAGCUCUGGAAAUACGAACCUGACCGCCCGACUACGAGACGCCCUGCUCCCUCACGGUACUGUAAAACUGCUAUCUUCGGUUACUGAAUCUCUGCCUGCCCCUGGAUCCGUACCCGCCUGCCCCACCGAUACCGAAGCCCCUUGA